UACUAUAACUAUCCAGCACUUGACCACCAGAUUCCGGCGACGCUAAUCCAAGUUUUUUCAGAUAGGUAAUUUAAAAAAAGUCCAAGUCCAAGUCUUAUGUUGGACGAGUGUGAAACACAAGGAAUGCACUCACUUUGACGGCGAAUUACGAGUGACUGCCAUGCCGCGUGCAACUAGUGAAUAGUAAUAAUACGAGUAAUUGACAUUAUUGUGAAAUACCAACACGUGGUGCAUAAAGCCAACGUCGGGACCAAAUAUUGUUCGUCUAUCCGUCUCUAAAUCUCUGGUGGAUCAUAAGUGAACGGCUUCGAAAUGUCGUUUUGCCCAACCGCGGUGGUUGCGGUCGUGCUGAUCGCUUUGCUGUCGAUUGAGUACUCCAACGGCCAAGUGGCGUCCAAUAAUCAGUCCUCCGUAGCGUUAAAUGCUGUAGCGAGUACACCGGAAGAAGGCAUUCCUGGGUCGUGGGUCUCUGAUCUUUUCUACCAAGCGUUGGCGAAUUUCACCGUGCGACACGUAGGGAGCGCCAAAUGCCGCAGACAAGCUGAGAUUUACGACAGUAAUUUACGAAAUUACACAAGUUGGGCCGUCAGGAUGUCAGAAUCCUGGAGCCGGUAUCCUGUUGGUCUACUGGCAGGUAAUAGAUAUCAAAUGGGGGUCUAUGACGAAUGUGUCGAUGUGCAUCAUCCGAUAAGAGGACAGUAUUGUUUGUCUGAAAUAAAAUUAUCUCCACCGGACGGGAAAAAUUAUGGUUUCAAUAGAACUGAAAAUCUUGACGAUUUUGGCAACAAUCAUGCAUGGAAAACAGUACUCGGGUGGGUAGAUUAUCCAGAUCAAGUCCAACGAAAUAGCUUACAUUUAGGAAUCUGCAUUCCGGAUUCUUGUACAGCAACAGAUCUUCAAACAUCAUUGCAAAACGAAUUGGACAAGGUGUUCAUACCAGAGCAGUUCAAAGCUGUUGUUAAAGUAAAUCCGCUCUUGUGCACUGUUAGUGGAGACAUGUAUCCUUACAAUACAGCAUAUUACGUAACCAACGUGAUUUUCGGAUUGCUAUUUUUAAUUUGUGGCGCUUCAACAGCAUUUCAUUAUAUAGCAUUAAAUCGCCAACAAAAGAAGAAAGAAGACGAAAGAGAAGUUCCAAAUUCAUUUUUCUACUUAUUUUCUUUUAUUCAUUCGCUUAAAAUAUUAUUGAAGUUCGAUAAAAAUAACGAAUAUAAUAUGAUAAAUGGUUGGAAAGCGGUUAUAAUGAUAGUAAUUUUAUUGGGUCACAGAUUUAUGUAUUUAGUUGGAAAUCCAAUAAGUAAUCCUAAAUUCAUAGAAAACUUAUACCUCAGCGGACGCGGUCUUUAUUUGACUAGUAUGAACUUAACUGAUCCAUUUUUUUUCGUUACUGGUUUUCUGAUAUAUUCGACAUUAGUACCGGUUUAUAAAAAAACAGAAGAGAUGUCAGUUUUGCUAAAACUUAUUUUGCCAAUCAUCUACAGAAUGAUCAGAAUAUUACCGGCUUAUUGUGCAAUGAUGGCGAUCACCGCACAUAUCGUGCCUCACCUCGGAGACGGCCCACUAUGGCCUUAUAAAACCUGGGACGAAGCCGAUAUAUGCAAAAACUAUUGGUGGACCAAUAUGUUGUUCAUAAGUAAUUUAAUUGAUACUAAGUAUGAAUGCCUUAUAGCCAGUUGGUACAUAUCGUGUGAUGUUCAGUUUUUCAUACUUGGAGUUAUUGUUGUUUACAUUUACACGAAGAACACUAAAUCCGGGAUUGGAUUAUUAACUUUAAUCCUUGGUGUAUCGAUAGCUGUGCCAUUUAUAAUCACGAUAUUGACAAAAAGGGAGGGAAUAAUUAAAAUACUUCUUCCGUAAGUUAAAUUUAUACAA